CCUAGGAGGGCGCGGACCUGGAGGAGGCGUCCCAGGAGGCGGCGCCUGUCGGAGGAAGUUGUCCUUUUAACUGCAGAGCCCCGUGGCCAGUCGCCUCGGCCUCCAGGAGCGAGCAGCGGGUGCCCACCGGAGCCGUCAGCGCCGCCCGGGGUGUGGGCCCGGUCGCCUCCGCGCUCUGCCCCCGCGCGCCCCGCAGCCAUGGGCUCCUCGGCCUCCAGCCAGCUGGACGAGGGCAAGUGCGCCUACAUCCGAGGGAAAACUGAGGCUGCUAUCAAAAACUUCAGUCCCUUCUAUAGUCGCCAGUACUCUGUGGCUUUCUGCAACCAUGUGCGCAGUGAAGUAGAACAGCAAAGAGAUUUUACAUCACAGUUUUUGAAGACCAAGCCACCAUUGGAGCCUGGAACUGUUUUGUAUGAGGCAGAACUAUCACAGUUUGCCGAAGACAUAAAGAAAUGGAAGGAGAGAUACGUUGUGAUUAAAAAUGAUUUUGCGGUGGAGAGCUAUGAGAACAAAGAGGCCUAUCAGAAAGGAGCUGCUCCGAAAAGCCGAAUUCUUCCAGCUGGUGGCAAGGUGCUAACCUCCGAAGAAGAAUACAAUUUAUUAUCUGAUCGGCAUUUCCCAGACCCUCUUGCGUCCAAUGAGAAGGAGAACACCCAGCCCUUCGUGGUCCUGCCGAAGGAAUUCCCAGUGUACCUGUGGCAGCCGUUCCUCAGACACGGCUACUUCUGCUUCCAUGAGGCCUCUGAGCAGAAGAAGUUCCAUGCUCUCCUGAGCGACUGCAUCCGACAUCUGAACCAUGAUUACAUGAAGCAGGCAACGUUCGAAGCCCAAGCCUUUUUAGAAGCUGUGCAGUUCUUCCGACAGGAGAAAGGCCACUAUGGCUCGUGGGAAAUGAUGACUGGGGAUGAAAUCCAGAUCUUGAGUCACCUGGUGAUGGAGGAGCUGCUGCCAACCCUUCAGACAGACCUUCUGCCUAAACUGAAGGGCAAGAAGAAUGACAGGAAGAAGGCCUGGCUCGGGCUCCUCGAGGAAGCCUACAACCUGGUUCAGCAGCAAGUUUCAGAGGGAUUAAGUGCCUUGAAGGAGGAAUGCAGAGCUCUGACCAAGGGCCUGGAAGGGACCAUCCGUUCAGACAUGGAUCAGAUUGUGAACUCAAAGAACUUUUUAACUGGGAAGAUCAAAGUGAUGGUGGCCCAGCCAGCAGAGAAAAGCUGUGCGGAGAGCGUGCAGCCGUUCCUGGCGUCCAUUCUGGAGGAGCUCAUGGGACCCGUGAGCUCAGGAUUCAGUGAAGUCCGCUCACUCUUUGAAAAAGAAGUGGAUGAACUUAGCCAGAACUUUCAGACCAGCAAAGACGGUGCCCAGCUAAAGGAGCACCUGGACCGGCUUAUGAAUCUUCCGCUGGAUUCCGUGAAGAUGGAACCGUGUUAUGUCAAAGUGAACCUGCUUCAGGAGCGCCUGCAGGAUCUCAAGAGCCGCUUCAGAUUCCCCCACGUCGACCUGGUGGUGCAGCGGACCCAGAACCACAUGCAGGAGCUCAUGGAGAAUGCCGUAUUCACUUUCGAGCAAUUGCUUUCCCCGCGCCUCCAAGGAGAGGCCUCCAAAACAGCCGUCGCCAUUGAGAAGGUUAAGCUCCGCGUCUUAAAGCAAUAUGAUUACGACAGCAGCACCGUUCGGAAGGCGAUAUUUCAAGAGGCACUCGUUCAAAUCACACUUCCCACCGUGCAGAAGGCCCUGGCGUCCACGUGCAAACCAGAACUUCAGAAAUACGAGCAGUUCAUCUUCGCUGAUCACACCAACAUGAUCCAUGUGGAAAACGUGUACGAGGAGAUUUUACAUCAGAUGCUCCUUGAUGAAACCCUGAAAGUGAUAAAGGAGGCUGCUGUCCUGAAGAAACACAACUUAUUUGAAGACAAUAUGGCUUUGCCCAGUGAAAGCGUGUCCAGCUUAACCGAUCUGAAGACCCCUGCAGGGUCAAACCAGGCCAGCCCUGCCAGGAGAGCCUCUGCCCUUCUCCCAGGAGGUGCUGAUAGCGAGACCCUGAGUAAUGAUGUGUUCCAGGAAUCAGGGGAAAAGAAGCAGCCUGGGGUCCCUAGUCCAUUGGCCAAAAGAGAAAGCCUUUCUUUCCCAGGUGGGGACGGGCAGGUGGUUAUUUCAGGCAUCGGUGACCCUGUUGUGAAUCCCGUGGCUGCAGAGGACAUGGCUGGAGCCGGGGCCACACUCUCAUCAGAGCUGGAGUUUGGAGGGACUCCUGCGAAUGGAGAAGCCACUGCCCACAAAAAGUCAGAAUCCAUCUCUGCCUCAUGCUCCUUGAAUGAGCUCAGAAAUUUGUUGACGGUGACCGUUGAAGUACCAAUGGUGUCUGCCGCCCUCGAGAUGGAAAAAGAUACACAGCAGGAGACCCCUGUUCCCCAAGCAAUUGAAAAAGAAGCGGAAACAACCCAAAUUGACACAGAGGCCACUCAGGCAGCUGCUUCUAGUCAGGGCAACUGUGCAGACAGUGGGGUCAGGGAGAGGGAGGCCCAUUCUCCCCCUGCUGAGGCUGAGGCUGAGGCCAGUGGGGUGGAGCUGGGGGGAUGUGCAGAGGCUCAGCCAGCUUGUGGAGGGCUCAGCCAGGGUGCCACCAGCCCAGGCCCCACAGAGGAGCAAGCAGAGGCUGGGGAGCCCAGUGGGAGGGAGCUCCCAGGGAGGCCUUCCGGACCUGACACCCACGAAGGAGGUAAGGCCAUGCCACAAGGAGGCUGCACUUUAAAUUCUGAUCCCAUCGGCCUCAGUGAGAGCCAGGUCUCUGUGGAAGAAGCAGUGGGAGGGAACAGAGGCCCAGCCCAGGCUACUGCCAGCGUGAAUGCAGAGGAGAUUAAGGGUGCCCGUGUUCACGAGUGUCAGUGGGUGGUUGAGGAUCCUCCUAACGACAUCCUAGGUCCACAGAGAGAGGAUUCGAGGGAGAGUCCCCCAGAGGCAGGCUCAGAGGAGUGAAAGGGGCAAUUUGGCAAAAGUAUCUCUUUCAACAAACUCAGCCAAUGGGCUAGUUAUGGGUACGCUUAGGGGGUGCAUGUGGAUUAUUACCAAAAAAAAUUUUUUUAAGUACUUCCUUAAUUUGUAGGAUGAAAUCGGAGGGAAUGCACACAGCGUGUGAGCACUGAGGCAAACCUCUGUGGAACUGAGCUGUUUGCCAUGAAUUGUCGCUUUAGCAUUUUUGUAGGGAUUACAAAGGUAAUGGAGUGUUUGGGGUGAGAGGCAGCUGAGGGUGUUGCAUUGAGGACAGAGAAAACAGUAGGAGCACGGUUUGCAAUACACUCUGCACAGUUUCUUCUAAUGCACUUUAAGGCUUUCCAAUUCCUUGCAAGAACGCAAAUAUCUGCUGUAAAUCCAGCUUCACUGUCUGCUGUACCGACUUCACCAUCUCUUAAGGACUCGGCACUUGUCCACAGUCAGGCUGCAGGAAAGGGUAGGUGGCAAACACCAGCCCCCACGGCCGUGUGCAGCCCCGCGGAGCCUGAGAGCUCUGGGGAAGCUGAGCGGAAACGGAGGAAGGCUGUGGUCUGUGGAACUGUCUGCGCCUGUUACUAAAUCUGCUAUCAGUGUCUUGUUCAUGAACCUUGUUGAUUCUUAUUAAUCAGUCACCUUUUGGGGAAACUCAGAGGAGGCAAGAAAAUUUCCCUGGCCUGCUGAAGCAUUCCAGAUUAGCCUUAGACCGUGCAGAGAAAGGGCUUAGCUAAAUUAUUGGGCGUAAAGCCUACCAAUUAAACAAAUGUUCUUGAAACAGCUACUCUAUGCCACACGCUGUGUUAGGCAUCCUGCCAAAAAGAAGACAGAGGAAGAAGAGAAGGAGGAAAGAUAAGGUGCCUUGUUCAGUAUAAAUUAAAAGGCCCAAGGGAAUUUAAUCAAAGAAAACACCAAUUUUCAAAUGAUAUGCUUUCUGGGCUGGCAAGAAAGCUUUCCCUCUUCCCACUGAAACAGUCCUGCUUCGCUCCCAGAAGGAAGUAAAGUGAAUACGUGAAUAAAAUGAAUAAAAAAGAAUGCAAGAGAAAGAAAAGGGAGAGAGAGAAGAAGAGAGAGAGAGAAAGAAAAAAGCCAAGAUAUAUACAUACCAUCAGGUUAGUAAGAUGUUACCGGAAGUAGACAUCAUUUGUUCAGUCUCUUAGCAAGUUGAGUCUGUGAUGUCCCAGGUGCUGGAGAUCGUGGUUUAAAAAGGCCUGUUCCUUUCUCCCAGAACUUACACUUUAGGGGGAAAAGACACACAGACAUCUAAAUCGACUGUGACCUAUAACUGUUAAUGUUAAAGGUGGAAUGGACUUCCAAAGGAUUAUUAAAUAAAGAAGUAUUCGAUUGUCCUUCAGAAAAUGGGAGUUUAUUUCCUAAAAGCUCCAGUCCCAAUAUUACAUCUUCAUGUUUCCUUCCACAAGUUUUAGUAUUAGAUCCCAACGUAGUGUCCCAAAAGCUAGUGUCGAUCAUCAUCAGCUAGUAAGUUUACAUCAGUUUUUUCGAGGAUUUGUCCCACGGGUUAACCAUUUCAGCAGGAAUUCAAAUACCUCCCUCUCCACCUCCCCAUGAAGAAUUUCUUGGGUUUCUAGGUUUUAAAGGGUGAAAGAUAAUCAGUAUCGGUAUAGCUUCCUAUUACAACUUUUCUUAGAGUGCUCAGAUCCUCACAGCCAGGAAGGAUCUCCUUACACGCAAAGAAGGAGAGGCCACUCCUCCCUGGUCCCCGUAACACUCAGUGCUCACUCGUAUCCUUGCAUUUAGCAUGGAAUACUGAAGUUAUGUUUACCUCCUGUCUCUCCCAGGGGCUCUUCUCUUUGAGGACAGAAACUAGGCUUUAAUCAGCCUCUGUGCUUCCUGCUAGAAACACACAGCCUUGAAUAAUGGCUCCCCGCCUCCUCAAGUCACUUGACUAUCCUUAGUGCCUAGCAAGGAGCUGGCCCGUGUCAGGCUGCUCAGGACAUGUGAGAACCCAGCACCCACCCCUCUGCUGUGCUGGUGCUAUUUGGUGCUGCAGGGAGACUUUUUUUCAAUUGGGCUUUCUGCCCUUGGGGAGUCUUCCCUUAAAUCAAGUCCAAAGGGCAGAUGGCCACAUGGUCAGAUGCUCUGCCCAGUAAGGCAAAGAGCCAAAGGAGCAGUGCCCAGCCAGCCCUGUCUGCCAAGGACUGCCUUUCUCUCCAGGAGAAUUGCGGCGAGGGAGGAAGUCACAGCCCAGGCUACCCGCCACGCAGGAGCGUCCCAGCUUUCUCCCUUUUCUCCCAUCAGGGCUUCUUGAACCCUUGGAACGCAAAGUCAUUUUUUCCAACCCUAAAGGAGAGUACCCUUCACUGCAUUGGAUGGAUGAGCACCGGUGCCCUCCCUUUACCCAUCCUUUGGGCCUCAGGGGACCGGGCACUAAGUGGGAUGAUGCAUUUGAGGACAUAAUCAAAUAAUUUUUCUGUAUAUAUUUCACAAAAGACAAAUUCACUAGACUAUGCAGGAUGACUGUUCCAUUUGUAGAUGGAACAGGAAGCUCAAGUGCAUUAAAAACAUUCCUUAUUCAUUGUAACACGCUGAUGGAAUAACUUCAUAUUACCACGAGUUUGUUGCUUUCAGUAUGGUCUUCUUUGUAUUGCUUCAGCGGUUCCCGGGUUGGAGCAAGGUUAACUGUGGUCUCCAUGAGCAGCAUGAAAGCCUCGCUCUGCAGGCUGCACUGGGGAUCUCCCCUACAGGCAGAUCUGUUGGAAAUGCAUCAAACCUCAAGACAUGGUGUUUAGCAAAAAUUCCAUGACUUUAAACUAGUUACAUUACUAUUGACCUUUCACAAAGAAAUGAUAUUUUCUUUUAAAAAAUUAGCUCAUCAUUUGCUCCUUUGCAGCUUGGAGCUGAGGCAGUAGUGCCUUGCAUUAUGGAGAGUAAUUUCUCUUAAUAUAUAUAUAUUGAAAACCACAGGGAUGAGAUUUUUUUAUUUGUCCAAAAGCUUUAUAAAGAGGCUAAGUGUGAAAAACCACAGGUCAUUGUGCCUGAUCAUCUACAUUUGUUUCAGAAGAUUCUCAAGUCUGGAUUUGUAAGUUCCAGGUUGGAGCCAGUGAUUUCUAAGGGUUUCACAAUUCUCCCAGACAGGUGACUUUAUUUCUUUAUACUAAGUGCUAAAUGAUAUAUGCUAUGUGUCAAUUUUAAUGUGGGGAAGGGAAGGACAUCACUGACUAAAACAAUAAUAUGGUUUCACUAGGUAAAAAAGCUGGCUGCCUGUGCCUUCUUUACCAUAAACAAAUGGGGUUGGGAUUUGCCUUCUGAAGUCUGCGACUUCAAGAAAAAAAUCAACACUGUGGAUUGUUUUUUGUGUAUUUUUGAGGUCAUUAUGUAAAGCAAAUAAACUUAAUACACUUUGUAACCACAUAUUUACUCUGGCAAGUGCCUAUAUUCCAAUAAAAUCUUCAUCCCUGAA